AUGAACGCCAAGCGCGGCAUCAGCGAUGAGGAGAACGAGCGCCACAAGCGCGUCCUGGCGCUGCUGAUGAAGCAAGAGGGCAACAAGCAGUGCGCCGACUGCAAGACGCGCAACCCCACCUGGGCCAGCGUCAACCUCGGCGUCUUCGUGUGCCUCACCUGCAGCGGCAUCCACCGGUCCCUGGGCGUCCACAUCUCCCAGGUCCGCUCCUGCAACCUCGACACCUGGCUGCCGCGCCAGGUCGAGUUUAUGCGGGUGAUGGGCAACCUGAAGGGCAACCGCUACUGGGAGGCGCAGCUGCCGGACCACUUCAAGCGCCCGCCCGGCGGCGAGCCCAACCCGGAGCUUGCGGCCUUCAUCAGGAGCAA